AUGGGAUUAUCGAAGAGCUGGCUUUGGCUGUGCUUUCUACUUGGAGUCUGGACGCCGCAGGGCAAUGGAAAGGUCUACCCGAGGGACAUUUACAGAAGGACACCGAAAUUUCGGAGAGCCUGGACGGGGGUGGAAGCGAAUACGGGCAAGAACUUCGGGGGCUGGCUGCUGAGGAUCCUGAACAGUAAUGGGAACUUUGCCUGCGGGGGAGCCUACUAUGCCCCUCUGCUCGUGAUCACCUCGGCCAAUUGCAUAUAUCCGUAUCGGAACAGCCUGGAGGGGGCCACGGUGGAGGGCACAGCGGUUUCGAAGUGCGAUUCCGAGAAUAUCGCUGAGAUCGAUACUAUCCAGUUUCCCGAGCGGUUCAUAUACCGCAAACUCUACAUGGACGUGGCCGUUGUGCGGCUGAAGGAGCCUAUCAAGGGCCGACUCACCGAGUUCAUCAGGCUCUGCACCAUCAAAUUGCAGCCGAUCAUGCGAACGGUGGUCUUUGGCUGGGGCUACGACAGUCUGGAGGUGCAGAAACCUUCUUCGGAUCCCAGAAACUCAUCGGUUACCAUCAUAUCGUUGAAAGAGUGCCGUCAGAAGUUCGGCAAGAAAUUGGCGCUUUCGAGCACCUCGGUAUGCGUCAGACAGCCCAAAAAUCCGCGAAACUGUCUCUACGACGGUGGCAGUCCCAUGAUCUACAAAAGGGAACUCUGCGGCGUCGUUUCCUUCGGCUCGCAGUGCCAAAACACCUCAUAUCCAGGCAUGUUUACCAACAUCAGAAGGGUGGCACGUUUCAUUAAGGAAACGGAAGAAUCGAUUGAGGCCGGCUAUAUCUUUAGGUCGCCCAGAGCCCAGAAAAGAUCGCGGGCAAGAAUGUUUAGGGCCCCCAAAGUCAAGAAAAAAGUGCCUCUAAAGAUAAGAACAGCUACUACCACAGCUGUCAUAGAUACAGCAAAGUCAACUAACAUGGUUAAAAAUACCACGAUAGACCCAUUGGAAUCGAUAAUUUGUUAAUAAAUUCCUAUUACUUAAAUAUUGCAAACA